AUGCCUGAUUCUAAUGCGCCUGAGCGCAGUGCCCCAGUCGAUGCCGAUGAUAGUGGCGACGAAGAUGUCUUCCACGAUGCCCACUUUCCCGCUGAGGAGGAAGCCCAACUCCUGAAGGAAUCCCAGGAGAUCAAAACAGAAGCGAAUCAGCUAUUUCUCGCGAAAAGCUAUGACCAAGCGAUCUCCUGCUAUGACCGAGCGCUCGCUUCAUGCCCGAGUUACCUUGACUACGAUGUCGCCGUGCUGCACAGUAACAUCGCCGCCUGUUAUUUAAAAUUGGAGGACUGGAAAGCUGCGGUAGACUCCGCGACCGUUUCUAUUGAGCGUCUAGAUAAGGUUAUCCCACCGACUGCACAGGUCAAGGAUGACGACUCGAAGGGAAAGACAGCCUCCGAUUCCGACAAGGACACAGAUGGCGUGGUGGAAAUAUCGGGAGACGACGAAGAAGCCGAGGAGAAGGAACUACAACGGUUGAAAAACCAGGACGAGCAAAGAAGAAAUGUGAUGAGGAUCCGUGCCAAGUCACUCAUGCGGCGCGCGAAGGCCAAAUCUCAAAUCGGUGGUUGGGGCAGUUUGCAAGGAGCUGCAGAAGACUAUCAGACUCUUUCUGGGAUGGAGAAUCUUCCUGCUGAUGACAAGCGGAUCGUACAGCGGGCCCUGCGAGAAUUGCCUGAGCAGAUCAACCGGGCGCGGGAGAAGGAGAUGGGUGAUAUGAUGGGGAAGCUGAAGGAUCUCGGAAAUGGUAUCUUGAAGCCAUUUGGCUUGUCUACCGACAACUUCAACUUCGUUCAGGAUCCCAAGACCGGUGGCUACAACAUGAACUUCCAAUCUUGA